ACCGAACAUCCCGCUGCUCCAGUUCGACUUCUCCACUGCAUUCGUGCUCGAGGAUGGAACAGGUCGCUCAAGCUGGAGGGACUCUGGUUCAAGCAUCACCAUAAUGUCUAUGGGACCGUAAGCAAACCCUAAUGCUCCAUCCCGACGUUUCAGCUCGCCUUUAGAGGCUCGUGCUUCCGCAGAUUGCCUUCGUUUCAGCAUCAGCGUCACGGUUCUCGCGCUUCGUGCAGUUGUACCCCUCCCGAGUUGUCGUUUCUCGAGAUUGUCGGAGGAUGACGAGAUAGCAGCGGCUUCCGCGGGCUGAAAGUCGCGGCCUCGUCGCGUUCGUCGGUGAGGCGAUUCUGACGAAUGGCGCACGACGUCAGAAAGCUCGCGAGCUCGCCAGCUGUCGUCCUGCUAUUGGUCGCCUCGCAUCUCGUCAGCUCCUGUUCCGCAUUUCGUUUCAAAGCUCCCGAACCUCUUAAAGGUCCGGUGCGCAUCAACUGCGGCAGCAGCGAGCGUCUGACGGUCCACGGCCACACAUGGCUGCCCGACUCCUUCUACCACCACGGCACGCCCUUCCACAUCCCCCGCCACCGCUACUCGCCCUCUCCCAACCUCCCCUCCGCCCCUCGCCUCUCCUCACCAAUCGAAACCACCCUCCGCGCCUUCCCGAACGUGAACAGCAACGGCGGGUGCUACACCGUGCCUCUCGUCCCCGAGACUCGGUACCUGGUUCGGGUGGGCGUCGCCUACCGCAACUACGACGGGCAAAACCGCCCCCCGGCGUUCCACAUGGCGGUGAACGGGCUCAUCAUUAAGACCGUCGCCAUGGGGGUCACCGAAAAGCAGUACCCGCUCUCGGCGUACUAUAGCGAGUACAUAGUGUUUGCGCGGCAGGGUUACAUCUCGGUGUGCUUCAUGCCGCUGCUGGGCGUGGUGGCGGCGCCCCCCCAGGUGAACUCCCUGGAGUUUCUUCCCAUCGACCCCCUGGCGUAUGACGCCCUGGUGACGGGCACGGACGUGGUCGUGGUGCCGCUGCUCAGGCAUGACUUGGGGGCUAGGGGGGGGGCAGGGGAUGUGGCUCCUGGGGGUGAGGGAGGAAUGGGUGAAGGGGGCUGGGCGGCGGAGGACAGUGCGUUUAGAGUGUGGGGCCAGGAUCUGGCUCCUGCGUGGGGGGCUGUUUCGGGCAGAGUGGCCCAGCACUCAAGUGCAGUGGCAGCACCAACGGCAGCAGCCCCCUCUGCUCGCACCAGUGACAGCAGCACUAGCUGGAGCACACGAGGGCACCAGUUUGCAGUGGUAACCACGUCGAAGCGUAUUGAGGGUGCGGACGUGGCACCGGACUACAUACCUUCGGCGUUGUUCCAAUCGGCGUGGGCAGGAGCAGAGGAGGCGAGGGGAGGAGGGGAGGAACAGGGGCAGGGCAGAAGCCAGAGAGCACAAGGGCUGCUCUGCUGGCCGAAUGAUGACAGUCGCAGGGGAAACAGCAGCAGUGGCCUCAGCGACAACAGCAGCAGCAGCAGUGUGGGGCCACAGACGUGCGUUGGUUCGGUGGGGUUCACGGUGCGUCUAGAUCCAGUGAACCUGCUGGACGUGCUGUGCGUGCGGCUGUUCUUCGCUGAGGUAGAGGACGGGGUAGGGGUGGGCGACAGGCGCUUUGACAUCCGGCUCGGCGCCAUGAGCGUGCUGGGGAGAGUGAGGGAGGAGGAGAGGGCAGGGGGUGAUGGAGGCACAGAAAGGGAUGAGGGCGAGAGAGCAAGUACCCGAGGCUUCAGGAAGGGGUUCAGUGGGGGGAGCGUGAAAGGUGCACAAGUGACCUUUGAGGCGAGUGGAGGGAGGGAGAGAUGGAAGAGGCGCGGUGAGAAGCUGCAGAAGUUGAGUGCAAGGAGAAACAUGAGCGCGAGGACAGUGGAUGCGGAGGGGCAUGCGGAGAGGGAGGGGGGGGCAGUGGAAGGAGAAGGGGUGGAGGAGGGGACGGAAGGGCAGGAGAUGGUCGCUGGAGAGGAGGUGCGUGGGAGGAGAAAGCUGCUGGGGAAGCGGGAGGGAAAUGCAGCGAGCAGGGGCAGUGAGAAGGAGACGGGUGGUUCACAGAACAAGGAGAAGCGGCACUUGUCUUGGGCAUGGAGGAGAAAAGGCGAGAACGAAAGGGAGCGAGCGAGGCGGAGUAGGAGAGUGGGAGUGGAGCACAUAGCGCACACGGGGCUGGACAAGCGGCAGGCGGUGGUGCACGGCAGCGUGCUGCUGGACGCGCUCAAGAGCAUCAGUGAGAGCGGCGAGUUCGACACGGGCGGGGGCGUGGGCACACCAGUGAACUGGUACCGCAACUUCCUUGACUUCAGCCUGCGGGAGCUGGUGUUUGGCAAGCAGCCGCGGCCGUGGAGGCAGGAGCGGCAGCAGCUGCUGCAGUGGAAGCAUAUGCAGCAGCAGCAGCAGGCGCUGGGGCACUGGGAGCAGCAGCAGCAGCAGGGGAAGGAGAAGGCAGAGGAGGAGGAGCAAAUGUUUCGUGGCAGCAACCCAGUAUACGCCCGGGACUGGAGCAGCACUGGGUUCGACAUCCUGGCGGCUGCAGGCGGGGCGCCCCACAGAGCGAUCAUGGUGCCCCUCUACUUCAACUUCACGCUAUACGCCGAGGAGUAUGGCCCGGAGCUGGUGAUCCUCUUAAAGCCCAUGCGUGGCUCCAAGAGGCCGCCGUUGCUGGCGGGCGUGGAGGUGGUGGAGGUGGUGCGCACGCCAGAGGGGGGCCACGUGCCUGCAGGCUACCUCCCCAACGACAUUGCAGCCGUCAUCGUGCUCGUAUCACUGGCCUACAUUGCCCUCAAGCUCGCUCCGCUCUGCCGCGACCCCGCCUCUCACUCCCCGCUCGUCCGCCUGCCCUUCGUGCGCCUUCUAUCCGGACCCACCAAAGACCGGAGUAGCUAGUCACUGCGAAGGCUGCACCAACAAUACUUCCAACCGUUGGCUCUUCGUGACCUCAUCUUUCAUGAGGCGCGACCAUGGGUGUUGCCAACAGGGCUGAUUUUAUCAGACUAUUUUAGUCUGAUUGUCUGAAAUUUCAGACCUAUUUUUUUGCCGAUCCUGAUUUUUCAGACUUGCCAAUUUCUGAAUGCUGAACCCUUCAGAGUUAUAUGUUUUUGAAUC